CGCGCAUCGGCUAAAAGGGAUGAAGGCUCUGUAGAAAAACAGCUGCUGCGUUGACAGAGAAGUAUUAAACACUUUAAUAAACUGCGGGAAAAACAUUUUUAUGUUGAAUUUAGAACACUUGAAUACUUUCAACUGUCAAUUGGGAGAGAUUUUUACAACCUGUGGACAUAUUGUAGCGGUUGUUUCCAGAUUGUGAGAAAAUAUGUGAAUAACUCGGUUGCUAUGGCGGAUUAUGUUCCACAAUGAACACAGAUUUUCAGAACCUUUUCCAAGUUCCGCGACCAAAGAACCGCAGUCACCUAACAAUAAAGGUGCAGUCCAAACUGAUGUCAAAGCCUUGUCCCUCUAGCUGGGGGCCCAAACCUCCAACCACUCCAAAACCCAGCCCUUCCUCAUCCGAGACAGAGGAGGAGCAGUGUCCCCAUCACAGUCUUAGCAAUGGACACUUGGGCUCCUCAGAUGUGGAACCUGAGGAUCCCAUACCACACUCCACCGAUCACAGCCAGGACCAAGUAGAACCGGAGGAAAACCUUAAUGACGGUGACAUCACGGAUGACGAUGAUGAAGAGAAAGAGAGAAUGGCAAAGGAGGAGGACGUAGACAAAGAGGGAGGGGCAUUGUGCAGUCAGUCCGAAUUUGAGAAUUCAAGUGUGUCUGAUGCUCUCGUUGCUGUAAAUAAGCCAAACUGUACAGAAACAGAUGACUUGACCCUACAUGAGAGUGAUAAGGAAGACACGUCUGUGGAGCCUGCACAUCAUCCAGUGUGUGACAAUGUGUUUCCGUGUCAUAACGGAGAUCAUGAAGAAGAGGGGUGCAGAGAGGAGGAAGAGAAAAGUUUAACUAAAGAGUCUGAAAAGGCUGAGGAACCUAUAGGACCCGGGGAUGAGCCAGACAAUGAAGAUAAGAACAUGGCUCCUUGCGAUGAAUAUUUGCAGUGCAUAUCACCCACCGAUGAGGCUGUGGAGGCCAAUGAUCUGUUAUUGGGAGCACACUGCCGCACACUCCUGCCCGUCUCUGAGGAGUAUCCGUAUGACGUGAUUGGUCCCUCGGAUGAGCCUGUUUACACAUGUGACGUCGGCGAGCCUGGAGAACCGGGCGUGUGGCAACCAGAGCGUGCCACCAAGGACCCGUCUGGGCGUUUCCGUUUCUCUGGCAGCACUGAGGAUGUGUUCGGACCUUAUUCUGUCAUCGAGGCAGUGCCUGCUGACCAGAUGAGCACGGCCGACCCUGACUUGAAUCACCGUGACACAUGCUGCGGUGACGAACCCGGCUCUCCGAAGAAGACGGACGCGGGUGGCGCCUCUAGUCAAGUGCCUGGUGAUGUGUGGUCAGAGUCAGGCAACGUGGUGGAGCUAGAGGAUAAACAACGAGGAGAGAGCGAGGUCCUGGACAGUCCUGAACCAUCCAGCACACGCAGAGGGGCCACCGAGGAGGAUGUGGAUGAAUACGCAGACAUCAACGACUCCCUCUGCCCAGAUGCCCAGGACUCCCAGCUGGAGGGUGCCUCGUCAGAGGACUAUGUAGAAAUUGGGGAUGACGACGAUGACACAGAUGACUCUGAGAGGAAGCAGAUCAGAGUGAGGAGUGCGAAAGAGAGAACAGCCCAGCGCAACAAGGCUUUCUCCAGCCAGCGAAAUAGCUGCCAGCCCCGACUCAGGCUGUGCAACAUCACAGUUCCAGCAGACCUGGACCGGACCCGGACCCCAGAGCUCACCAACAGGGUGGUGUUUGCCCACACCACAGAGGCCUUUGAGGAGGACAUUGAGGAGCUGGACGGCCACAUCGUACCUUACUACUCAGACUCAGAUUCAGACAGUGAGGAGCACAUCUAUGAGGAGGCUGGCUUUGACUCUGAGGGGGAGAACUUUAUCUCUCUGGACCGGAAGACCAUUGUGACGCGGUCACGCUCUUACUCUGGGAAGGUUUCGGGGUAUGUCCCUGAGACGGUUCCUGAGGAGAUAUCGGAAUAUCAGAGUAGUCAUGACUAUUGUACUGUGGCUUUAGACCAGAAUGGAGAACCUAUAAGACAUCAUGAGCAGCCAGAGGUUAAUAGACUAAUCCCAUCCAUGAAGCCACGUCGCUUCCAAUUUUACCCAAACUCGUUCUCUAGUGAGGGCUGCGAACUCUCUUUGGGCGCUCACACAGAGGCUGACCCGUUCCUAAAGGAGGGAAGAAUGAAAAGGAAAAAUGACACCCUCUCCUUGCCAUGUGUUAUCACUUCUUCUGGAAGCUUCUCUCAGCGGAGUCAUCAGUCGUCCAGUGGCGUUUCCACUCCAACCUCUCUGGUGGACAUCCCACCUCCCUUUGAGUUGGCUUACAUCACCAAGAAACCUGUCACUAAGAGCUCCCCAUCUCUCCUCAUCAGCGUCUCCACUGAGUCCACAGACCACAAGCCCAAGAAGAACAAGUCCUCCUUCAAGCGCUUCCUGGCCCUGAAGUUCAAGAGGAAGACGGACAACAAAGGCUUCAGUGAUGGGAGCAUCCGCUCCUCACGCUCGUCCUCUGAGUCCAGCCACCAUGGGCCAUCUAGGAUCCUGGACCUGGAGCGCAGGAGCCCUGGCUCCCCUCAGCCUCCACCCCAGUCCCGUAUGGUAAUGACCCAGCAGCGUCCUCCAGACCUGCCUUCCACCCUCCUGCUCUACAAAGAUCGCAGGAAAGGAGACCCCAAAAGCUACGGUAGCAGAGGAGUGUCCAGGGUGGAGUCUUUCGAGGAGCGCUCGCGCCGCCCCCUCAUGCCCCUCCCCCUGACCAAGCCACGAUCCAUCUCCUUCCCCAGUGCAGACACGUCUGACUAUGAGAACAUCCCGGCUAUGAGCUCAGACUAUGAGAACAUCCAGAUCCCCGUCGGGGGAAGAGCUACUAGAGCCAUGACCAUCACAGAGUUCUUUGAGGACCCGAACCGCAUGGCGGCCUCUUGCAAUGAGAAUGACGGCUAUGUGGAUAUGAACAGCUUCCCUGGGAUCGACAGCAAACACCAGUCACCUGAGCAGGAGCCUGAAAGUGCCUACAGUGAGCCCUUCCCAGUCAACCAGGUUCCAGCAGGGCUGUCAGCAGAGGAGGACCAUGGACGCACCUCAGAGGAGGAGGAGGAGGAGGAGGGAGCAGUGGAGCAUUGCUACGACCGGCAGAUUGAUGGCCGAUCCAGAACCUUCUAUGUCAUCAAAGAGCUGGUGGAUUCUGAGAGAUUACAUGUGAUGAAACUCAAGCUCCUUCAAGAGGACUUCAGGGCAGCGGUAGCAGCGGCAGUAGGAGAGGACGGGGGACCUGUGCUGGAGGAGCAGAGGCUGGGGGAGAUUCUGGGCACACUCCCUGAUGUUUACACACUCCACAGCAACAUCCUGACCGAGCUGGAAACACGCAUCAGAUUGUGGGAGGAGAGCCAGCGGGCUGUGGAUGUGAUCCUGUCUCGUCAGAAGGACUUUGCUGUUUUUGCGACCUAUAUCUCUGAGUAUGACCGCAGCAUGUCCUUACUGGCAGAGAGCUGCAAACUGAACCCAGCCUUCCGUGACAUCGUCAAGCAGUUUGAGAAGCAGGGCCCAGAUGGAGACCAGGUCCCUCUGAACCACCAGCUGCUGCAGGUCAUUGUUCGAGUCCUCCAGUACCGCAUGCUGCUCACAGAUUACCUUAACAACCUCUCUCCCGAUUCAAAAGAAUAUGAAGAUACACAAGCUGCCUUAGUCAUCGUUUCAGAGGUGGCCGACCAAGCAAAUGACAGUCUCAAACAAGGGGAGAACCUGCUGCGGAUGGUCCACAUUGAGUACAGCGUCCGAGGCAAGAGAGAUCUACUGAAGCCAGGACGGGUGUUUGUGAAGGAAGGGACUCUAAUGAAAGUGUCAAGGAAAAGCAGACAGCCCAGACAUCUGUUUCUGAUGAAUGACGUGAUGCUGUACACCUAUCCUCAGCAGGAUGGGAAGUACAGACUGAAGAACACCCUCUAUCUGUCUGGCAUGAAGGUCAGUAUACCAGUCAUAGAUAACGUCCUCAAUGCCUUGAGGAUUGAAGUGUCUGACAUCACCAUCACCCUGUCAGCCAGUUCCUGUGUAGAGCGGGAGGACUGGUUCCACACGCUGAGUCGUGCUAUAGCUGACCACGCCGCCGGUCUGUGUACGUUCGGGGGCCCCUGCAGUGAGGCCCGUGAGAAGCUGUGGAUGGCCCUGGGGGAAGCAGCUCCGGUGCUGGUGCCUGUGAACAGUGUGAUGAUGUGUAUGGGCUGUACCACAGACUUCAGCCUGACCCUGAGACGCCAUCACUGCAACGCUUGUGGGAAGGUGGUGUGUCGUGCCUGCUCCAGAAACAGGUAUCCUCUAAAGUACCUCAAAGACAGGAUGGCCAGAGUGUGUGACCACUGCUACGCUGAGCUCAGGAAGCGCGGGGGUGGUGUCUCAGCGGCAUGUGGUAACUCCAGCCCCUACCCCCACCGGGCAAGCCGGCCACUGUCCGCUGUCUUCCAGAGCCUCCAACCGCCAAGCCUGUGGAGGAGCAGGAAGAGCGCCGUCUCCCUCAACCAGGUGGCGCUGGGGGCGGAGGGCUCGGCCAUGACUGGCAGCCUGCAGCGCCGUAAGAAGAGCAAGAGGAAGUGGAAGAAGCUGUGGUUUCUCCUGAAAGACAAGGUGCUCUACACCUUCACAGCACGAGAGGACAAGGUGGCGUCUGAGAGCCUGCCCCUGCAGGGAUUCACGGUGAAGCUGACCGAGAGGCCCGAGGGAGAGGAGAGCUCCAACGUGUUUCAGCUCUACCACAAGAAGACCCUGUACUACACCUUUAGAGCCGACGACCAGCACACUGCCCGCAGGUGGGUCAAUGCAAUGGAAGAGGCAACAGUGUUAUAACACCUGCCUGUCCGCUCAGACGGACCCCGCUGCGCAUCGGUCUACCUGGUCCCUCCUUCCUUGGUUUAGGGCUGUCCCUCGCCAUGCCUGCGUCCAAUUGCUAUGAAGACUUAUUUGCUCGCGCAGGAAAUGUAAUAUGAGAAAUAUAAUGUUUCCUUUUGCUACAGUGGAUGGAAUUUCACUUUGGGAGAGUAUCUCUACAAGAGCUUCUACAAGGUUGCCCCCUACAGGCAGAACGGCAAACGUGCAGCUUCUGUUCUGGGCAAAAAUCCAGGGGUGAGAUCACUGCGUCGGCGUCUCUGAGGUGAACACCCGUCUGAUCCUAACUCAGUGCAGGACUUUGUGUCUGCAGCGUGCCACAUGGAAAAUACUUCUGUCCACACAACAUCUGAGGAAAUGCACGGAGCCAGAUUCAACGCACAGCCGUCGGCUUGUGGAAACAACACUACUGUAUGUCACUUCAUGCCACAGAUUCUGCUCCUGCGUCUUAAAAACACACAGGCCGUGUGAAACGACACAUUUCAUUGACAGCCACCCUUGCAUAUUCACGCAGACCCCUGUUUACUUUCUGACUCUAUUUUUCCUCCAUGAACCAGGACACAGAGCACCUUGGAUUGGGUUACUGCUGACCAACUCAACAUGUAUAAGGAACAUGUAUAAGGGAUUGUAUGAGGGAUAUAUAAUAUGUCCCUUAUAUAAUAUGUUAGGUUUAUAUAAUAUUUAGAAUAUAUAGUGUAAUAUUGAAUUCACCCAUUUUUUAAGUGACAUAAGAAGUAUAGGUCAUCCCAUGAUGUUUUAAGCAGCGAGAGACAUUUUUAUUAUUCUAAUCUUCUCUGAGGUAUUUCCUGUAAACGUAAUUAUUCUACACCACAGGUUCAUUUCAUGUGUGAUAACGGUGAGAUGUAGGCAGAAUAUCACAGACAAUAUUAGUAUUAUUCAACUAAAGAUCAACUUGGAGUAUAUUUAAUAGCUGAAUGUAUAGUUUUUAAACAUCUUUGAAUGGGUGACUACUGACUACAUUUUUGAAGUGCAAACAGUUUACAUGUGUUAUGACUAAAGGAUGUGCCUAACAUUACAUUAUAAUGCUUAUUAUAAUUAAUGAUAUGAUCAUUAUAUCUUAGAUUUCAGACCCCAUAAAGGUUGUAGAAAAACCCAUUUUCUAUAAUAAAAAAACGAUAAAAUUUUUGACACACACAACAUCCCCUCGCCGUACUGUAUAUCCAUGGAAUUUCAUGGAGAAAAGUUUUGAGAUGCCAUGUUAAUGCCGUGUAUACUUGCUGUGUUUUUGCAUAAUAAUACAUAUGUCCAUUUCAUAAAUAAUUUGAUUAAUACAAAAAAGUCUUAUCCAUGUUGUAUUAUUAAUGUAUAUAAACUACAUAUGCAGUAUUGCCUUUACGGGAACUGCUACAAAGAAAUUGGUGAAACAGAAUAGACCUACUUCAGUUUGAGCCCAACUGAGCCUAUGUUGUAGAGAUAUUUGGAUGGUUGUUCAUUUUUAGACUCUGGUUGAUGUCACUCUUUUCUAAUCUUCUACCUUGAGAGAGUUGAUGGACAAUAUUUUAGCGUAUUUAAAAUGCAGCUUGUCAUUCAGUACAUAUCCUGAGUGUGUCUAUGCUCAGUCCAUAAUGUUUGGUCUUCAUACCUGUGUUGGGAUGUAUCAAUAGGGUAUGGGACUGUACCUGGCUUUGCAUAUAGCACAAUGUAAAUGUUGAUGUACAGUAAAUAAACUCAUAAGGAAACAAAAUGCUUCCUCUGUGUUUUAAGACAGACCAUGUGCUAUACAUUAGAUCACUUACUAGACAAAUGUGAAUGAACAGCCCUGUGG